AUGACCUCUUCUUCUUUAAACAAUAUUACUGCAAUUGCUGGAACAAUUACAGAAAACAACAAUAACACCAUUAAUCAAACUGUCGUUACCACGACAACAACAAGUAAUAUUGGAAUUACCAACAGAGCUGCUAAUGCAUCCAUACUAGCUGCUAAUAAUAAUACAGUCAUAGUAUCUGGUAAUAAUAACGCCAUAGAUAACACUAAUCAAACUGUCUUUACCGCAACAACAACAACAAAUAAUGUUGGCACUAUCAACAUAGUCGCUGCUAAUAAUAAUGCACCCAUAGUAGCUGCUAAUAAUACAAUUGGUCCUGCCGUUGAUAAUGUUAACUUAUAUUCCCAACCUUUUUUUAAUGGUGCAUCGGAUUUAUUUGGAAAUCAAAAUAAUCAAGAUAAUCAAAAUAACUUGGACGAAUUUGAUCUUAUAAACGGUAGCAAAAGAAAAGCAGAAGAUUCAAACAAGGAAUUUACUGAUAAAAAAGUGAAACAAAUAGUUGUGCCUACCACUCCUGAAUCCAUAGCAGAGUUUCUAGAAGGACAAGAAGGUGUCAAAGAUGAUUUCACAAAGCCACAUCAACUAUGUGAAAAUGAAUUUAACUUUCAAAGAAAAGGUAGAGAUGAAACGCUACAUGGAAUAUAUGAUUACAUUGUUGAGCGUUAUUUUAGAAUUAAGAAAGCCUCGGAUAAAGGGAAAAGUGUUGGUGGUAAAACUUAUCACCAUGCUCUCACAAUUCAAGCCACACCAGGAGGAGGAAAAUCUUUCUUGCUUGAUGAAUUGGCAGCCUUGAAAAAUGAAGAUUUUGAUAAUUAUUUGAGAAGCAAGAAUCAUCAACACCCUUUUAUUAUAGAAGAUGAAGAGGACUGUUGUUACAAUGAGGCAGUUAAUAAUGUCAUAAAUAUGCUUCAUAAUUCGGUUGCAGUUUGCAUAACAUACAAUGGACAUUCAGCGUACAAUUUUGAUGAAUUUGUAGAUGAUAAUAUUGAAAGAGGACUAGUAAUGCGUAUCUUAUGGAGUUAUUUUUUUGAUGAUGGAAAACUAAGCUGGCAGAAUUUUUGUGAGAAAUUUAAAACAAAUUUUGAAUCAUUGAACAUUCGUACUGUUGUUCAAAGCAUCUUAUAUCAUUCAAAGAAACGAGUACUUCUAUGCAUUGAUGAGAUUAUGAAAAUUUUGUCAGGCACUGACACAAAUCAAAAACAAGCUAAAGUUAAUAAAUUCUUAAAUCAUCUCUAUAAUCCCUACCAAGAGUUUGCAAAAGAUAAAGAAGAGUUGAUCAAAUUUAAUUUUAUCCUGACUACACUUGAUGCGGUUUAUGUGCAAAGUAAUAUGACUGACUCAGGUAGACAAAUCGAAUGGAUACCAUUAAGAAGACUGGAGAUUUCAGAAUCAGCAGAAUUAUUUAAUGAAGUUAUAAGGAGUUUAAACUUAGAAGAGAAUAGCCUGAACAUGGAAUCAUCAUCACCGUUGUUGGAAGGAUCUUUUACAUGGCCAGUGAAGGUCCAAACUGGUGGUGAUAUGGGAAAAAGAUAUUUUCUGCUUGGUCAUGAUAAUGCUGUGCCAUAA